AUGUCUCGAGAUCUCACUACAAAGCAUUUGAAGUCAAAGAAAUCCAGAGGGAAUUUUCGACAGCGCAAUCCGGACAAAGACCCUGAACCACCAGCGGCCCCACCGAUUAUCAUUUUGGGCGACAACCCCGAAUCACCCCACCUUUCAGACCAAGAUCCUGAUCCUGAUUCUGAGCCCGAGCCACCGGUUUCACCGCCAACUCGGUCUUCCAAAAGCAACAAUCGCAAGGUACCAGACCCCGAACCUGACCCAGACCCGGAGCCAGAGCCAGAACCUGCGCCUCCGAUCAUCAUCUUCCCGAAACGGCCCGCUUCUUCGUCUCCGCCAGAGUCCGGAAUGGGUUCUAAGAUCUCUAAGAUCUCUCCUAAUCGACCCGUCACGCGCUCUACUUCAAAGGCCGAUAAAGACCAGCUCAAAGAACCUCCAAGCCGCUACCCGCACCGCAGCAAGCCAAUUCAUCGUAAAGCAACAGGUGGCAGAGACGGGGCCCAUGUUUGA